GAUCGGGGCCACGAUCUGCACUCACCAUCGUCAUGGCAAGAGCGGCGCCGGCGCCGCUGCCGCCGGCGGCUCUCUCCGCUGAGUCCCGGCUCCGCGCCGCCGUCGCUAGCGAGAAUAAGACCGUGUUCCGCCUGAUGGAGGAUAUCCGCCUGACGGCGGACAUAGGUGAGGUGAAGUGUCCCGAUCUGGAGGUCGUGGGCGAGUGCAAGAAGAAGAACGGACGGCCUAGAUUGUGCAAGAUCGACGGUCAGAACAGCUACGGCGGCUUCGGCGGCAUGUCCCCCAAAGUCUCUCUGCGCAAUCUUGAGCUCACGCGCUUCCGCUCCGCCAUCCUUGCCGGCGGACCAAGCUGCGACUUCAAGAUCAGUAAUUGCCACCUGACGAGCAACGCGGGGGCGGUUGUUUCCACGGCGGUCGUGAGCUCUGUCACCAUAGCCAACUCGAGCUUCGUCGGCAACAAGGGGAUCCUAGUCUCCACGGGGAGGUACGACAAGAUCAUGAUGACGGACGUUCUUUUCAAAUCCAAUCGCGGCGGACCCGUAAUCAGUCUGCAGAGGGCAACCCUAACCUGCGUUAGGUGCGGAUUCGAGGGGAACCUGGCGGAAUCUGGCGCCUCCGCCGUCGAGGUUUACCGCAUGGGGGCAAAGUUCACCCGCUCGUGGUUCGUGAACAACAGAGUGACUAAGCCGGGAUCCCAAGGGGCCGCGGUGUCGCUGUCGGGAGACUCGGCAACAACCUUUUGUCACUGCCGCUUCGACAAGAACACCGUAGCUGAGGAGGGAGGGAAGCGCAAGAGAAUUGAACACGUGUACGUCGGGCUCGAGGCCAUGGCGGGACCUGGAUUCGUGGAGUUCUGCGACAAGCGCCCGGCGAUCGGGGUCACUUUGGCGAAUGCGGAGUUGGCCAAGAAUGUUUUCGAUUCUUGUGGAAAUUGCCGCUGAGGUUGAGGGGGGGAAAAAAGAGAGGAAAAAAAAAAAAAAAAAAAAAAGGGAGCAAGAAGAUGCUGAGACUGAUUGGGAUUGAAG